AUGUUCCGCCAAGCUUUACGUACCCUCCCACACGCUCCAAAGUUCGCUGCUGUCCGUUUAAACUCCACUGUCGCUGUCAAGCCAUUGUCUAAGGCUUUAAUCGGUGGUAUUGAACAGAGAUUCGAGACCUUGGCCAAGGCUGAUCAGAACGAAAUCGUCGAAUCUUUGGCCAAGCGUCAGCAGGGUUCCUGGUCUGAAUUGACCAAGGACGAAAAGAGAGCUAUCUGGUUCAUUCACUACGGUCCAUACGGCCCAAGAAAGCCAUUGUACACUGCUGAAGAUAAGGUCUGGAUCGCCAAGGCUGUCGUCAUCUCCCUCGCCUUCUGUGGUGGUUUGUACGCUUUCCUCAGAUCUUUCGCUGCCCCGCCACCAAAGACCAUGACCAGAGAAUGGCAAGAGGCCUCCGACGAGUACUUGAAGUCCAAGAACGCUGAACCAUUCUCCGGCUACUCCCAAGUCCAAUCCAAAUAA